AUGCCAAGUUCGGGAUCUUUCUUACGGCAGAUAAGUGGCAGAUCAACAUCUUGGAGGUGGAGUACUAGCAACAGCAAGUAUAGCACUGUUGAAGGUGGCUACAACUGCGAGAGAAGUUUGAAGCAAAUGGAAGGGCUUUACAUGUAUGGUAAUGACAAUGCUGGGUUGACUAUGAGGAAAAGAGUGAUGGUAGUGGUGGAUCAAACUUCACAUUCCAAGCAUGCAAUGAUGUGGGCAUUGACUCAUGUGGCUAACAAGGGUGAUUUGCUCACUUUGCUUCACAUUAUCCCUCCUAGCCACAAAUGCAGCAGUGAAAGAACAUCCAGUUCUGGUUCUGAUUCUUACUCUCCUUAUCUUGCAAGUUCUCUUGGGUCACUUUGCAAGGCUAGCAGACCUGAGGUGGAAGUGGAAGCACUGGUGAUUCAAGGACCCAAGCUGGGCACAGUGAUGAGCCAAGUGAAGAAGCUAGAGGUGUCUGUGCUUGUCCUGGGUCAGAAAAGGCCUUCCACACUAAUCAGCUGCCUGUGUGGAACAAGUAGCAGCGAAGAUUUUGUUGAGCAGUGCAUCAACAACGUAGAGUGCUUGACUGUUGGUGUAAGGAAGCAGAGCAAAGGCAUGAGCGGGUACCUCAUCACCACUAGAAGGCAGAAAGACUUCUGGCUCCUGGCUUAG